AUGAUAAUUGAAGUACGCGAUGAUUUGGGAACCGCCGCUUCUAUAUUCUCUAGGAAACACCCGUUAUCAUGCUGGCUCUCAUCGAUGUUGAUGUGCUUUGCCGAUGCGUUUCUUGCCAAUUUUCUGCUCGGCGAGCCGGUGAUUGCGCCGUUUAAACGACAUGAUGAUGUGAUUUUGGCAACGAUUGUGUGGUACUUGGUAUUUUACGCACCUUUCGACGGAAUUUACAAAUUGGCCAAAUUGACGCCGGUCAAGUGCGUUUUGGCGGUCAUGAAGGAGGUGAAACGGGCCUACAAGAUCUCUCACGGAGUUUCCCAUGCGGCAAAACAUUAUCCACACUCAUAUUUGGUUCAAAUCUUGGUUGGAACAGCUAAAGGAGCCGGGUCAGGAAUUGUGCGUACCCUUGAGCAGUUGGUUCGAGGUGUUUGGCUACCAAACCACAAUGAGAUCCUUCGGCCAACCUUCGCGACGAAGGCGUGUGUUGCCGCAGCUUCAAUUCUUGCGUUGGAAAAGAAUGGCACAUAUAUUUCAGCUCCACACGACCUGAUUUAUUUGGUUAUUGUUGGAUUUCUGGUGUAUUUCAAGUUGUCUGCACUUCUUCUCAACGUCACCGAUCCGUUUGCCCCGAUCGAGAAUUUGUUCUGUGCGAUUUUCAUGGGCGGCAUUUGGGAUGCUGUCUCUAGAGCUCUCGCUGCUGCUCGAGACCGUCGCAAUGGGGUUCACGCCAAUGAAAACGGAUCGAUUGCGAAUGGUGAAAAGAAAGAACAAAUGACUGAUACUGAUGAGAGUGGAGAUUCUAAAAAGUCUAAGAAGCUGCACUCUUUGAAUGAAAUUAAGGUCAUUGAAAUUAAUCGUCAUAAUUUUAACCAAAUAUGGCCCUAUUUACUGGUUUGUAUAAAAGCUUCAGAUUUCAUUGCCGUUGACCUGGAAUUGAGCGGUCUUGGUAAAGGAAUUCGUGCAAAGAAUAUCGAAGAACGUUAUUUAGCAAUGCGAGAAGCCGCUAAAACGCGAAGUGUAUUAUCCUUAGGAAUUACAACUCUGAAAUUGGUGCAUAAAAGUGAGGAGAAGAAACGAAUGAAAUACGAAGCUCAGGUCUUUAAUAUUUUGACACUAAGUGUGAAUGACUUUGUCAUUGAGCCCAAUGCUUUGGAAUUUCUCGCCAAACAUUCCUUUGACUUUAAUCGAUUGAUUAAUUCAGGAGUUAAAUUCCAGUCUGAUAAUUGUCCGCUUUCGACCCUAUUCCACGAAAUUUUCAACACGUCAGCAACAUUUUGCGUUCACAAUGGAUUAAUUGAUUUGAUUUUCAUUUAUCAACAAUUCUAUGGAGCAGAUUUACCAGAAACUCUUGAUGAGUUCCGCAACAAUCUACAUGAACUCUUCCCGAUGGAUUAUUUGCCGCUGAUUGAUUCGAAGUAUUUGGCUGAAUAUCAAACAAGAAUGACUUCAUCGUACUUGGAAUACGUUUUUCGGCGAUCGCAAGGUGAUAACGAAAUCGAAUCAAUGAACAGAAGAAUUCAUGUAGAUAUUGUUUUCCCUCAAAGAGAAAUGCAAUGUAUUCAAGAUGCCACUGAAAAUGUUAAGUGUGCCCUGCCUGAUGGAUUUCCGAAUCAUCCGAUCCCAGUCGACCUCAAUACCCAUCUUUGUCUUUCAUUCGCUAACCACGGAUUUUGUAACAAUGCGAAAUGUUUAAAAGUUCACGAUGUUGAUUUGGCAAUUGAUUCACAAAGGGUAAAGGAGCAAAAAGUAAUUUUCAAGAGAAAAAGGAGAUAUAGCAAUGUAAUUGCGGAAACUGUAGCAGAUGAAAUUGAAAAUGAUGAAAAAGCGUGGAAAGAAGCCAAGUUUGGUGCGCAUUUCAAAAUGGCUGACUUUAAAGCAAAGAAAGCGGCCCAACUAUCGUCUUCCGGAUUGCAUCGCGCUGGUGUUGAUGCGUUUAUGACAGCGUUUGCUGUUAUUUUUCAACAACGCCUAGAGCUUAUGAAAACGAACCGAAUUGCCCAAGAGUAUUUAAAUAAGCUCCCACUGACAGGAAAGGACCUUCCGUUGGUGUUCGGCCCAUUCAAAAAUAAACGAAAUCCUGAUGAUCGCCAUAAUAAUAUUAUUACCAAAAUUAGUGCUGAACGAGAAAGAGUUCGUGGACUGAAGAACUGUUGUUAG